UGAUAUGAUUAAUAUUUUACGAGAUAUAAAAAAGCAGUUUUGACUAACUGCAGAUUUCGUAAGUAUUUUUCUAGCAAAAAGUGAUCAAGUUAUUUAGUCACUUUUCGCAUGUCAAUAUUAAAUAUAUAUAAAAAUAUUGUUUAAGCAAAAAGUGACCAAGCUAUUUAGUCAUUUAUUACAUGUGUACCAAAAACGUUUGAUUUGUACAGUUGGUACUUGGUCAUUAAAUUAUUAAUAAAUAAUAAUCAUAAAAGUAAAAAAUAUUGAUAAUGAUUGACGUAUAAAAAUAGGAAAUUAUAAAUAUCUAUAUUUUAUAAAUAACAAAUCUAUGGUAAUAAUUCACGUGACAUGGAUAUUAUUAUCACCCAAAAUAUUAUUGAUAAUAUUAUAAACUUAUUUAAUUAUUUACUUGUCAUAGUUGUUAGUUGUUUUUAUAUUUUAUUCAUCAAAAUAAAAAUUUAGUUCACUGAAGUACAGCUAUUUAAAAUGAAUAAUCGAAGUAAAAAGCUUGUUGCAUUGUGCAAAAGUAAUAACAAAUCAAAUAAUGCUAAUCCUCAAACAAUUCAAUCUCUGAAUGUAAUCAAUGAAUCAAAGAUAGUGCAUUUAGAAAAUAAUAUCCAAGUCUCAAGUUCACAGAACUUUAUUAUGAAAAAAUUUCUGAAUGAUGUAAUUACAGUACCAAAAUCAAUUGACAUUGAUUAUCAAAACUAUAGUAACAAUAUUACCUCAUACAAUGAUCAAGACCUGAACAUACUAGAAUCAACUGAUAUUAAUACACAAUCAGUAACUGGACCAUCUCAGAUAGAUCUACCUAAUAAUAAUCUCACAGAAAACAAUAAUAAAGAAACUGAUACAUUAAUUAACAGUAAUACACCAGGUUCAAAUUAUAAUACUAGAUUUCAAUUAAAUAAACAAUAUUCUACUGAUCAAAAUGUACAUAAUAAUAAGAUAUUAUUAGAUAGUAGUGAUGAAUGUGAUGAUAGUGGUGAUGAAUGGCAACCCUAUAAUAAUAAAAAUAAUGCAAUUGACUCUGAUAGUGAUGGUGUGAUAGGGACCUGCAAUGAUGAAAAUAUUUUUGGUGUGAUAAACGUUACAGAAAAUACAGAAAAUAAGAAAACAGGAGAACAGAAUAUAAUUAAAUCAGUGAUAAAUUAUAUUAUUGAUGAAAUUUGCAAUCAAAGUAAAGACACAUUACUUGAAGCAUUAGAUGAAACCGUGAAUAGUCAAAGUAAAAAAUUGGUUAGAAGAGUAAGGGGUGAUGCAAGUAAAUGGAAAAAAAAUGUUAUUUCUAAAGAAAAAAAAAAACUUAAAAAACCUAAGGCUAUUGAUUGUUCCCACUGUAAAUUUAAAUGCUCUAUUAAUUUUGAUGAAAGUUAUAGAAAUGAAGUUUGUAAUAAAUUUUGGGCUUUAGAUUAUAACCGCCAAAAAGAUUUUAUUUUAGCCAAUGUAAAUAUAAAAUCUGUCAAACGCCAUGUCCCAAUAACAAAUAUUAGAAAAGCUAAGGAAAACUCAAAAGUAUAUAGUUUUAAUAAUAAUACAGAACAUAAUAUUCAAGUUUGUAAACAAUUUUUCUUGAAAACAUUAUGUAUUAGCCAUGGGCCUGUAGAUAAAGCAUUUGAAGGAUUAGGCACAGACACUGGAUUAUUCAUGGACCAUGAUAAAAGAGGCAAAGCACCAUCGGUGAAUAAAUCUUCUGAUGAAAUUAUAGCUAAUAUUAAUUCACACAUAGAAAAAUUUCCUACAGUUGAAUCCCACUACUGUAGAUCUACAUCUAAACGUCAAUAUUUAGAUCCAAAUUUAUCUAUAUCAAAGAUGUAUGAGCUGUAUGUGAAAGAAUGUAAUGAAACAGGUCAAAAACAAGUAAGUUUAUCAUUGUAUAAAAAAAUAUUUUGUGAAAAUCAUAAUUUAUCAUUCUUCAAACCAAAGAAAGAUCAAUGUUUAACUUGUGAAAAGUAUAACAAAUCUGCAAAACCUCAAUCCAAAGACAUGGUUAUAAAUUAUGAAAAUCACAUCCGGAGACGUGAUGAAUCUUUUGCUGCAAAAAAAUUAGAUAAAGAACGAGCUACAAGUGACCAAUCUUUUUGUAGUGCUACAUUCGACCUUCAAAGUGUCCUCCAAAUUCCAAGUUCUGAAGUAUCAGCCAUGUACUACAGUAGGAAACUUUGUGUAUAUAAUUUAACAUUAUACGAGGCUGCUGCACCAAAUAAUGCAUUUUGCUUUUUAUGGACCGAAGUUAAUGGUCAAAAAGGAAGCUCUGAGAUUGGAUCAGCAUUAUUAAAGUGGAUAUAUCAACUCCCUGAACGUAUUAAAGAGAUUUCCCUGUAUUCUGAUACAUGUAGUGGGCAAAACAGAAAUCAAUAUGUUGCUGCAUUAUUUUUAUUUGUUGUAAUUCAUACAAACAUUGAAGUACUCCAUCACAAUUUUAUGGAGAGUGGUCACUCAUAUAUGGAGGUAGAUAGCAUGCACAGUGCUAUUGAGUCAGCUAAAAAAAACGUACCAGUCUAUACCAUGCACGAUUGGUUGAAUAUCUGUCGCCUAGCUCGUUCUCAAAGAAACAAUAAAAAAUGUUCUGGGUACUCUGUUCAUGAAUUAUUAUAUACAGAUAUUUAUGAUCUAAAAAGUCUAGCAAGUAUUUUAAUAAAAAAUAGAACUAUUGAUAACUAUGGUGAUCAAGUUUCUUGGUUAAAAAUUAAAGUUAUGAAAAAAAUAAAAAAGGGAUAA